UGUGUGCCAGUUGCAGUCUCCUUUCACUCGCAGCUUGUUUUUGCUUCAUCCUUUACUAGGGUAGAAGAGAGCUACUGCCCCUUAUGUCUCUACAGCAGUAGAUCAGAUGAGCCAGGGUCUCUGACUAAUAGAAAAGUAGUUAACUGCUGUUGCAGUUUUAAGUUUUGGAUGGUUAUAUCAGAGUUUCUACGUUCCUCAGUCAAACACAGGAUAGGUGUCAGUCAGCCACUGCUACACAGACGAGAACAUUGAGGCCUAUACCAUGACAUGCUGCCUUUCAGUAUUUUUUAAGGAACUACACGUUAGAAGUGCAGUCAUUUACCUCUUAAUGGGUUGAACAUAACUACUUCUUUCAAAGUUCCCUGUGUUAACUGAGCUUGAUGGAAGUGAAAUCUUUGAAGUAAGGCAACCCUAAUGAUAAAAAUGGAAAGGCGGCCUGUGAAAUUUGGGAACCUUCAGAGAUACAGUUUUAGAGUCAUCACCUAAAUAUUGAAAUACCACCAUUUGUUGUUUGGAGGGAUGAGCUAAAUUGAGAACGGGAGCAGCACAUCUGCCUUGACUGCUAAGCAUAUCCAUCUCUGCUGCUCACCCACAAUAGAAUUUUUAUGUGUGCAUUCAUCAGUCCUGGUUUUGGCAAGGUUACAGGACGGAGAAUGAGGAGGCUUCAUCUGCUUUCUCUGUCCUUCCUCACUUGUUUGAGUGUUUGUCCCUAGCAGGCCCCAGUUCUUUUCCAUUAUUAGAAAGGUCAAACAGCUGAAAAGACAUUAUUUUCUAGUACUCUGUCAAGAGGCAAAAUAUUAUAUUCUAUUUUCACUUUUACCUUUUCAAUUUUCUGGCAAAUUAAGAUUCAGAGUUAGUAAAGAAGUCCUGCCUUGUGCCAUCUAAUGAAUGUCACUGAAGCAGCAAUUUUUAAAGUCUGUCACUCUGAUGAGAAGGCACACUUGGCUGUCAACACCAUCAAGAAAGCAAGGUUAGUCAGGUGCAGGUAGUAAGUAGUAUGUGAGCAGUAAGUUUCUGAUGUCCAGUUCUUGAACCAGCUUGCCUCUGGCCUGCGUCUGAUGGUCUGAGCUGGUGGUCCUCCUUAUGUGACUAUUCUGAGGUUAGUUUGGACCCAAGCACUGUGCUCAUUGCUGUCUUUGGUACCUGGUACUUUGGUACCUAAGUUCAGAGCAAGGCUAACAACCCAGUUCUUUCCAAAAACAUUUUCAGACCACAUAAGGUGAGUUUUUUUUUUUUUUUUUCUUCCAGGUAGUUUCAGGCUUUGGGGGUCCUCAGAAACUGAUUUGCAGGGAGAGGAGUUUGGAAGAUGUGAAACAAGUUUGUGUUUCUUCUGCUCUGUUAGCCACUGCUGUCUUCAUGGAUCUGACACUGUUUAUCUGACAGUGCACUUAGUACUGCUUCGCCAGGGAAAAAUCACACAAAACAAGCCUGGCGCAUCAGCACUUUCAUUGUGUGCUGGGCUGAGCCUCCCUUCACAUGGUCGCAUCCCCCUUUUAAUCCAAUGCUCCCUUCCCCUUCCCCAGUACUGCCUGUUUCUGUGGCACUUAUUGCUGGUUUCCCUGAGCUCCUGUUUCCACUUUGUGUUUUUUGUGGGGCCCAGGAAGCUAAAGCUGUGUGUAUUUGUGGAUCAGACAAGUGCAGCAAGUUAAUAUCAUUGGCUUCUGAAGGGGAGAGUGAGGUGAUGGCUGCGUUUAAGUUGGAUUUCCUUCCAGAAAUGAUGGUGGAUCAUUGCUCUUUGAAUUCCAGUCCCGUCUCAAAGAAAAUGAACGGCACCCUGGACCAUCCAGACCAACCGGAUCUUGAUGCUAUCAAGAUGUUUGUGGGCCAGGUUCCGAGGACCUGGUCUGAGAAGGACUUGAGGGAACUCUUUGAACAGUAUGGUGCUGUCUAUGAAAUCAACGUCCUAAGGGAUAGGAGCCAAAACCCUCCUCAGAGCAAAGGGUGCUGUUUUGUUACAUUUUACACCCGCAAAGCUGCAUUAGAAGCACAGAAUGCUCUUCACAACAUGAAGGUCCUCCCAGGGAUGCAUCAUCCUAUACAGAUGAAACCUGCUGACAGUGAGAAGAACAAUGCAGUGGAAGACAGGAAGCUGUUUAUUGGUAUGAUUUCCAAGAAGUGCACUGAAAAUGACAUCCGAGUCAUGUUCUCUUCAUUUGGACAGAUUGAAGAAUGCCGGAUAUUGCGGGGACCUGAUGGACUGAGCCGAGGUUGUGCAUUUGUGACUUUUACAACAAGAGCCAUGGCACAGACGGCUAUCAAGGCAAUGCACCAAGCACAGACCAUGGAGGGUUGCUCAUCCCCCAUGGUGGUAAAAUUUGCUGAUACGCAGAAGGACAAAGAACAGAAGAGAAUGGCCCAGCAGCUCCAGCAGCAGAUGCAGCAAAUCAGCGCAGCAUCUGUGUGGGGAAACCUUGCUGGUCUAAAUACUCUUGGACCCCAGUAUUUAGCACUUUAUUUGCAGCUCCUUCAGCAGACUGCCUCCUCUGGGAACCUCAACACCCUGAGCAGCCUCCACCCAAUGGGAGGGUUAAAUGCAAUGCAGUUACAGAAUUUGGCUGCCCUAGCUGCUGCAGCUAGCGCUGCUCAGAACACACCAAGUGGUACCAAUGCUCUCACUACAUCCAGCAGUCCCCUCAGCGUACUCACCAGUUCAGGGUCUUCACCGAGCUCUAGCAGCAGCAACUCUGUCAACCCCAUUGCCUCCCUUGGAGCCUUGCAGACAUUAGCUGGAGCAACAGCAGGCCUCAAUGUCAGCUCUUUGGCAGGGAUGGCUGCUUUAAAUGGUGGCCUGGGCAGCAGUGGCCUUUCCAAUGGCACUGGGAGCACCAUGGAGGCCCUCACGCAGGCCUACUCGGGAAUUCAGCAGUACGCUGCCGCGGCGCUCCCCACUCUGUACAACCAGAAUCUGUUGACACAGCAGAGCAUUGGUGCUGCUGGAAGCCAGAAGGAAGGUCCAGAGGGAGCCAACCUAUUCAUCUACCACCUGCCCCAGGAGUUUGGAGAUCAGGACCUGCUGCAGAUGUUUAUGCCCUUUGGGAAUGUCGUGUCUGCCAAGGUUUUUAUAGACAAGCAGACAAACCUGAGCAAGUGUUUUGGUUUUGUAAGUUACGACAAUCCUGUUUCGGCUCAAGCUGCCAUCCAGUCCAUGAAUGGCUUUCAGAUUGGCAUGAAGCGGCUUAAAGUGCAGCUCAAACGUUCGAAGAAUGACAGCAAGCCCUACUGAGCGUGCUCCCCUCUGAGACUGGAGUGAGAGGGUCUUCUGGCACAGCUUGCCCUGAAGACUCGGCUACUGCCUUCUGUGGGAGUUUCGCUUCGUACAGAGGACAAGUUUGUGCUUUGGUUUCCAGUGUUUUACUUUGGAGUUUAGGUGCCAUAUCCUGAGUUUUUUUCUUUAUUUAAAGUUUGCUGUGUUUGUAACCAGUGUGUGUUGAGAAGGACCAACAUCAAACCGCCCUGGGGGAGGAGGGGGGAUGGAGAAACAUUAAAGAAGAUAAGAACUUGCCCAAAACUACCCCAAAAGAGAGGACUGAGUGAAACCAAAAACUGACCCCCAGAAUCUCCCUGAGUGUGAGAGUGGAUGAAGUGAGAGCUGAUGUUCAAGAGCUGGGGGUGGGGGGAGGGUGGAACAGGUGGGGUUGGCUCUGGAGGAGAGUGAGAGGGACUUGACAUCCACCUGGGAGGUGUUGGCUGAAACUCUCCCAUAGCUGCCCUCUGGAAGCACUGAGAUUCUGUCCAGGAUUUCUUCCCCUCUUUCCCAAGAAGGGGAUAACAAUUCUCUGGAAAUAAAACUUCUGUUAAACACCCUGACGUAUGCAAAAAGCAGGGAGACAUCACCCAUUGCUGGCUUUUCCAGCCAGUCAUUGGUAUUGGGUUGGCCCUGUGAGGCUAGUGGCUGUUAGGAGGAAGUAGCCUGGUCAAACAGGUCAGUUUUAGUUUAUUUGAACACCAGAUCAUUAGACCAUGGCCCAUUUCUCACAGGUCCUUUUAAAGAAGGCCUCCAGGGAAGACACUCUGGUUUCCUUCCUUGUAGUUGACCACAGCAAGGAGUGUCAUUUUAUCCCAAGCCACCGUUUUAUCCUGAGGGCAGAACCAAGAAGGGCUUAUAGUACCUGGCUGAGGGUGCACCUCUUCUGAGCAGAGUGAUCAAAAGCCAUCCAGCUGGGGGAGAGGAGCCUGCUUCUUGGUGUACCUGCAUCAGAAGGUCCCUUCAAACCAGAGUGCUACAUUUGCCAGAGGCCAGCCAGCACUUAGUACUUAAAAGGAUUAAGAAAUCCAUGAUUGCCUCUUUGGUUGAGGUGUCCCAGAUGUAGUAUUUUCACCAAGGCAGGCCCCUCUUCUGACCACUCUGGCCCUGUCUUCUUCUCUUGGGGACAGAGGAGACAACAGGACGUUUACAACCUCCAUAUGGAUUUAGUGUUUAUUUACCUCAGUAUUACCAUGUUCAUUUUUGUCCACGUGCUUAGUUAGUCCCCUGCUGCCUCCCAUGGGUCUCACUCCAGCUCUUGCCUAUGAUCCCCCAGCCUCUGGGCUCUGCCUCUGCUCCAAGAAAUGCUGUGGGAGUGGAGAGCCAGGAAGGACAUGCUGUUGGGAAUGUGCACGUGGGCACAGGUAGCCCUGUUAGGGUAUGACUCUUAGGCAAGGCCAGUGACUGGGUCCCUGGGAUCUUAAAUUUUACAAACAUCAGUCCUGACCCCUAUCAGCAGAGAUGAGAUUAAAGGGGUUGGUUUGCUAGUAAGUCUGAUGGGGACUCUCGUCAUGCUGUCCCUUAGGGUCACAGACAGGGAUUGACCAUUUUGCUGUUGUACAGGUAGUUGGUGUUGGGUGAUCCCAUUGAAGCUGGGACAGCUGUUCCUUUCUCAUAGUGAUAACUUGGGUCUGUUGUCCUCUAAGAAACGUGAAACAUACUUCUUAAGCUGAACCACGUAAACUUGAAUUCUGCGCACUGGGUGAAAUGUGUCCUGUGUUUCAAGGAUAAAACUGUUCCAAAGGCUUCCAGGGUCAUGAUGGGAUUUUUUAAAUAAAUGCAAAAAAUAAAAAUAAAAAAGAAAAAAGAAAAUAAAAAAAGAAAAAAAUGCUAGGUUGGGGAGGCACUGUUCUGAAUCCCAACCGGCUGGAAUCAAGAAUGUCGUUUCUAUUUUUAUAGAAGUUUUAUACAGCUCCGGGGUGGAGAAUAUUUAUUACCUAAAUUAUAUCUCUGGAAAAGGCCAGGAUUUUGUAGAAUCCAGAAUGUGAUUGUUAUACACACAGGGUGCUGUGUAUGAUUGAAACUACUGACUUUCUGUGGCCUGUUUGCAGCCCAGCUAAUCUGCCAGAGGGGGAAGGAAUUAAUGCUGUGAAUUGGCGGAGGAGAGAGCUGUGCUCUCCAGGGUGCUGUGGUGCUGUGAUCACUGACCUUCUGUUCUGUCUUCCUCCUUGGCCAUCGUGGGGUUUUCCAAAUCCCAGAGUCCACUCCGUUCCCACUUUCCCCCCUUUCUCUCCCUCCUUCCCCACUUUACCAUUAUUGUCUACAGAUUUGUCCUUGGUUCUGGGGCCUUCAGAAACCCCUUUCCAAAUGACGUGACAUGAAAAGCAAAGUUGUAAUCAACCUGCCUUUGAUACCAGACCCUGAGGUUUCAUACCUGCUUGUGGGUUCUCUUCUCUAAAAGGUGCAUUUGCCCCAGCAGGGCCCUGGGCUGCCACAGUGGCCAGCUGGUGAGACUGGGCACCUCUGUUCUCCUCUCCCCUGCCCAGUGAGUAAGCACAGCAGCACUGUCCUUGAGCACAGUUUUCUCCCCGGCCAAAGAUGGUUUUGUGAAGAAGCUGCUCCCCUACAAGUCUCAUGGUGUGAAAGGGUUCAGCUCGGAGAGAGGAGACUCGCAGUCAAGUCUUAAGCAGUCUUUUACUGUUGUGUGGGGGUUUCACUUACAUAAGUGUGUGUUUUCUCCUGUAGUUUUGUUUCUUACUUGGGUUUUAUCAUGAAAUUGAUUUGCCUUGAAUGCAACUAGACAUUGUCUCCUGGAUCCUACAUGAGUGGCCAGGGCCUGCGUGGAAGCUAAGAGCUUGGAUUUCUGGGAACAAAGAGCCAUCCCCGUAAGAUUGAGGAGAAAUCCUGUCCCUAAAGAAUUCUCCCAUCCCAGGCUUCUCCUUUCUUCCUGGGUCUUAAAACAGGGAGCUGGGGGUGCUGAGGCUCUGCUCUACCAGAGAUCUCAGAUGCGCGUUUGGACGCUUUGGGGGAAAUCCAAGCCUUAGUUUCCCUUUGUCUCUGGCAGUUGGAUGUUUUCUUGGUGUCCUCCAUGUCCUUUUUGACUUUUCCCUGUGUCCAUUGUUAGCAUGUGCAAAAGUUCCCUGUCAUUACCCAGCCCCUGCCCCCCGCCCGCCUCCUCAUUUCAGGGCUGUACACAGUGAGUGUUCCUGUUCUCUCUCUCUUUGUUUGGAUGUAUUGCUCUGUGUAACUCAGUGGGUCUCCCUCUUUCUGGUUUGUUUUUUUUUCUAGAUUCCUGCCGUUUGUUCAUCGUUGUGCCUAAAGCAUGUCGAUGUGGCGUCAAGUACAUCGUCCAAAUCCCUGUCUCUUCAGCUUCUCUGAUGCUUGAACUCUCACCUUUGACCUUGUGUUGACCUUUGAUGCUGAUGUGUAUUUUUAUUAUGUUUGUUUCUUUCUUUGUUUUUUCUUUUUUCUUUCCUUUUUUUUCUUUUGUGCUGCCAAAUUGGUUUUGCUAGAACGACUGCUGAAGGGGAAAUAUUUAAACUUGCAUUUGAAUAUAAAAAAAUCUAUUUUUCUAGAACUUCAUAAGAUAACCACUUGAUUUUGUGAUUCCAAUUCUUUGUAAUUGUCUUCAGAGCAGCCCUACUAGCACAUACCGCGUGGUGUUUGUAUUUCUGUGAACACACAGCCAGUCCGUUUCUAGGCUUUGUUUCGUGUGCUUAGUUUUAAAGACAACUUUGAAGUAAACAAUGAAAUAAAAGAUGUCACUGAAACCUUUGAGGCUCCUGAGCACAUUUUGCUGAUACAGUUUGUGGGGCUUGAGGAGACCACAUGUGUUCUUAUUUUUGUUUUUCUGAGUUCUCAACUGCAGAAAACACCUGAACCCCUUUCCUUUUUGACAGCAGGCUGCAGUUUGAGCCCCAGCCAGCCCUUUUCCUUUUGAGGUUCUUCCCUGCAGCCACCCUGCAGGGAGACUUCAGAACCCUCUGGCCUCUUCCCUCAGCCCACUGUCCCCACCUCUAUGCUUGUUCCUACAGAAUCCACAGCAAAAUGUGAUACUUUGAUUUUUUUUUUUGUAUUGUUUUUGUGCUUUUGUUUGGAAUUUUUUCCUUUCCUACUAAGAUUAUGCCCAGAAAAAACAAGUUUUGCAUGUUUCCUGCUGUUUCUUCACACCUUCUUAUAUAUCACCUUCACCUCUCUGUUUUCUAUAGUUUGUGCAAAAACUGACCGAUUUAAAAGGGUUUCAAAGAAGCUAUUUUAAAUUGUUGUGGGGUUGAUUAUUUUUUUCAAGAUUGUAUUGUUUUAUUUGAAGUGGCAUCUUUCUCCUCUAUCGCCCUUCGAGCGUUUGCCUGUGCACUUAGACUGUCACCUCACGUGGCCUCCAGGCCUCAGCAGGGUUCCAGGAGGCUGGCUGCUCUGCUCAGAGACAGGUUGGGAGGGUGCCCGGAGAGGCACGAGGAACAGAGGUAGAAUCCAGAAGGUGGCUGCGGGUGGGCAGGAGGCUUAGCGCAUCAGGGGUAGUGAGCAUCCCCCGGCCCAGAAGGAGGAGGGUGCUCUUGACCACUCGGAGGAGGCCAUCUGUGCACUAAGAGGCAGUACACCUGCCAGCGCUUUUCCUAGGUGACAAGCACAAUACUACAGUCUUCACACUGUUUACAGCCCUGGCCACCAGCCACCCCACACUGGCUCUUUACCGCAGUUCUGCUCUUGCUUUAGCUAGUGAGAUGGGGUGAAGGUGGGGAUUUGUUUUUUAAAAUUGGGUGAAGAGCCAAAUAGCUACUGUCCCUGGGUGCCAGGCAAGCCAGUUCCUUGGUUCCCUGAAGGGAACUUGCCCUCCUCUCUGUGGCAUUAUCCAGCCUCAGGGUCUUAGCGACUUGAGUAAGAAUGUGAGUGGCCGAGGGAGAGGCCAAAGGAGAUGAGGGGUCACAGGAUGGAUCUGUGGAGGUAAAAGGUUGCAGAGGGAGGAGUUUUGAUACAUCCUGGUGAGCGGGAGAGCUGGGAAGCAGGAUUGUCCAGGGAAGGGUGGAGAGGGAGGGGUAGCCGAGGGCUGGGGGAGGGGGUGGGGAAGGUAGAAGCACUGUUAGCAUCAUCCAUGCUGGGGUUGAUGAAGGAAAGGAUCCCAGCAGAAUUUCUGGUCUGGGACUCAGUGGGUUGCCUAGUAUUAUGCUUGAGGCCACUCUUACUAGAAGGAAAGGGAGGCCAAAUGGAGGCCCAGUGUAUGGUAGACUGCUUAAUUUCCUGGAAGGGGCGAUUGGAUGGAAAGAGGCCAGGAACCCCAGCCUGAGCAAACUGCCGUGCACCCCACAGUCUGACUGCACAGAGCCGCCUCUGUUGGCAGAAGGCGCUGAGGCUCCCCCUUCCUGUGUAUUCAGAAUCCGUGUUUGCCAAUAUAUUUUGCUUUUAAUUCCAAGAGGAGCUCUGGGAAAACCUGUGGAUAAAACCAAAUGCCAAACGUUGGACGUUUCCUUUUCCUUUUCUCUGAUUGUUUUAAUUGUUCUGUGGUGGUUUUAAUGGAUUUGAGACCCUGGAGCGGCAGCUGCCUUUCUGAUUUCCAGCUGCUUUUUGUGAAUAAUUUAAAAAGAAAAAAAAAAAGAAACUUUACAUUUUGAAGACAAACCUGUGUGAGUUUUUUAUUGGUACAAACGUUGUAUUUAACACUAGGGGUUUUGUACAGUUUUUUGCCUUUUCUACUAGAAAACAAUGUAAAGUGAUUUCACAAUGUGAAGAGAAAAAAUUGCCACUAUGACCAAACGCACAGUCUGUUCUGCAGCAACAACGGGAUUCAAUCAACUCAGAGUCGUGAUUCAGCCGUAGAAAUGCUUUUCCUUUACCUUGUUUGAGCUUUUUCUUUCUUCCCUGUUUUGAUUUGCAAAAGAAAAUGUCUUUUUUGUGUGAAGUUGUGUUGUACUAUGUAGAAAAUUAUGGAUUUUACUUUAAUGGUUUAAAAAAAAAGGCAAGAAGAGCCCUUGUCGCUUUUCUGACCUGAUCACAGAGUUUGUGUAGUGAAUUAAAAAAGAAAAAAAAAUUGUUACAAGUUUGGAGCAAGGGAGUAUGUGUUUAAAAGGAAUCUCCUUUUUUUGUGUGUUUUUCCUUUUGUCCCAAUGGGGAACCUAAAUCUGUUUUAAUUGCACAGACACACGGACAAAAAGUCAUUUUGUAUCUGCCAAGUGUGGUACCUUCCUUUGUUUAUUUGCUAUUAAACUGUUUGAGAAGAA